AAUAUGUUUCAUAAAUGUAAGCAUUUAUAUUUAGUAAAUAUUUUUAAUUCCUGGAGCAUUCCAGGAAUGUAUUAUUGUUCGAUAACCUUCGAGGCCUCACUAGUGAUAAAAAGUUUAUUUGGGAUCAAUGGCCUUUAAUCAAUAUCCCGUUGGCUGUCAUCACUAUUAAUUACAUAUAAGAUAUUAAUAUCAUUAAGUCAUUAGGAUAUUAAGGUAUUAAGAUAUUAAGGUAUUAAGAUAUUAAGAUAGAUAAGAUUGGAUGUGUUUCGAUAUUUACUGUCAGUACUGAAAAUAUAUAAUUCAGGUCACGUAUAUUAUAGAUCUUCAGUACUAGCAGUGAAUUUCGAUAUUAAGAUAUUUACAUACAAUACGUCAUUUGUAAAUAUGCGCAUGCACGUGCGUAUUUUUGCAAGUAAAAUUGCAAUGGAUAUUCGAGAUGUUCAUUUAUAACAAGUUUGCAAACCAUUUAGUUAUAAAUACCUGUUGUAUCUCACAUUUGACUUAUAUUUCACCUUUGGACUUUGUUUAUCAUAUUUUUAUACUUUAUAGAUUCAAAGCGUCUUUAAAAGGAAGCAAGUAAUAUAUUUCAAAUUCAUAUAGCAUAUUACAUCGGUACUGUCACAAAGGUUGUAACAAAAUUUUGAUACAUUCUGUAAUAGAAUUACAUUUAGUGCAAUGUUUACACAGGGAUUUGUAACUCGUGGCUUAAAAAUAAAAUCAAGUGCAAAGUUAUUCAAGGCAUUUUAUAGUAAACCAUCAUCUGUACAUCCAUGUGAGAUAGAAAUUCCAGUACCUUGGGGCAAAAUAGCUGGGAAAUUAUGGGGAUUAAAAGAUAAGCAACCCAUUUUGGCUAUGCAUGGCUGGCAAGAUAAUGCUGCAUCAUUUGAUAGUAUAGCACCUCUUAUAAAAAAUGAAUCGAUCUUGGCAAUAGAUUUACCUGGACAUGGAUUAUCUUCAUGGUUACCACCAGGAUUUAUGUAUUCCGAAUUGGUAUACUUUCUAUUAGUUAAAAGAAUUAAAAAGUAUUAUGGAUGGGAAAAAAUAAAAGUAAUGGCACAUUCCGUGAGCGCUGCGACUAUGUAUUGGUAUGCUGCGACUUUCCCAAACGAGAUGCAGUACGUUGUAGCUUUAGAUCUCCUCAAAUUCCCAGAUAUAACUGCAAGCACAUAUAUUCCCAUGUUUAGAAAUGCAGUUGAUGCAUUUUUCAAGAUAGAAGAAAGUAAUAUGCAACCUAGUUAUACGCAAAGUGAAAUUAUGAAAAAAGGAGAAUCCAGAAAUAUAGAUAAAUUGUCAAAUGAAAUUCUUAUGGCUAGAGGUACCAGACAGAAGGAAGAUGGAAUAUAUGUUUUCACCAGAGAUCCCAGAAUACGUGUUAUAUCAAUCCAUAGUAUGUUUUCACAGGUUCAUUUAGAGGAAUGUGCGAAACUCAUAACAUGCCCGUAUUUAAUAAUAAAAGGAGAUAUUAAGUUUUAUGCCGAGGAUAAAGAAAACUUUUACGCAGCAUUGGAAGCAAUGAAAGCCACUAACGAUAAAAUAUAUUUUGAAUCUUUUUCAGCAACGCAUCAUCCUCAUCUCACGCAUGCAAAAGAGACGGCAGCUAUUAUUAAUCCCUUUAUAGAAAAGUAUAGUUGAUUGUGUUAUUUUUUGAAUAUCAGCAAUAUUUUGUUACUUAAAUAAAAUUUAUAUAUGAUGUAAAAUAUAUUAUCAGGAGUUAUGAAGUAUAUAAUAAUAUUUAAUGUAAUUCAAGCUUUUAUAGAAAGAUCAUGUAUCAUACAUCAUUCUUAUAUAUACUGCCUAUUAUAUACACAUAUUUAAAGAAAAAUUAAAUCAUUAAAUUAUAUCAAGCA